AUGGCGUCCCACAUUGUUGGAUACCCUCGGAUGGGGCCCAAGAGAGAGCUCAAGUUUGCCUUGGAGUCUUUCUGGGAUGGGAAGAGUACCGCUGAGGAUCUGCAGAAAGUUGCUGCUGAUCUGAGGUCCUCCAUCUGGAAGCAGAUGUCUGAUGCUGGGAUCAAGUACAUCCCCAGCAACACCUUCUCAUUCUACGACCAGGUGCUUGACACCACGGCAAUGCUUGGGGCCGUUCCUGACAGAUAUGGCUACACUGGUGGAGAGAUUGGACAUGAAAUCUACUUUUCCAUGGCUAGGGGUAAUGCCACUCUGCCUGCUAUGGAGAUGACCAAGUGGUUCGACACUAACUAGUAAGUGAUUAAUAUGGUCAUAUCUUUCAAGUUUUUCUCUCGCUUGUCUCUUCUGAUUUAAGUUUCAGGCUUUCUCAUAAAAAUGUGAACAUUUGGAUUCCUUUUUUGUUUCUCCAGCCAUUUCAUCGUCCCUGAACUUGGGCCAAACACAAAGUUCUCCUACGGCUCCCACAAGGCUGUGUCUGAGUAUAAAGAUGCCAAGGCGGUAUGUGCCAAAACUAUUAAACCUGCCUGGAGAACCCUUUCGUGAUUUUCUCUAUGAUGAUUUCAUGUCCGUGGAAUUAAAUUUCUUUUGUUUCACAUAAAUAUUUUGAAGUAAAACAUAAAUGUUUAUGUUUUCUGUCAUCAUUAUUUGUUUGACUGCUUGAUAGCGUAAAUAAUUGAAAUUUACUGACCUGUAGAUCAUGUCUAUGUGCAUAAAGCCUCUAAAACUUGUGUUGAAGCCUCAACCUAUCUACCAUUUGACGUAGGAAGCUUUAUUGUUUGUGCACAUGAUUUUGAGUGAAAUAAACUGAUUGAGUCAUUCAAUGGGUUUCGAGAUGCCAUGUAGCUCUUUAUCAUUUUUAUUUUUGAUUUUUUUCAGCCUUUUACAUGUUAGCUACUAUUCCCACUUGAUCACAGUCCUCUAAAACUUUGUUUCAUGAUGUAGCUGGGGGUGGAUACUGUUCCAGUGCUCAUUGGACCUGUGACUUACCUAUUGCUCUCAAAACCAGCAAAAGGAGUUCAGAAAUCCUUCUCCCCUCUUUCUUUGCUGCCAAAUGUUCUCCCUGUCUACAAGUACGAUUCUCCUUUGCAGGAAUUUAUUUGUGGAGUUCAGAAGUCUUUGCAUCUUUUAAGUGAAUCGUUUCCAGCAUAUUACUGAUUAUUGGCCCUGUGCAGGGAAGUCAUUGCUGAGCUUAAGGAAGCAGGUGCCUCUUGGAUCCAGUUUGAUGAGCCGACACUCGUGUUGGAUCUGGAUGCCCAAAAAUUGGAAGCUUUCACCCUAGCUUAUGGAGAGUUAGAAUCUUCCUUCUCUGGCUUGAAUGUUCUUAUUGAGACCUACUUUGCUGAUGUUCCUGCUGCAGCAUACAAGUCAGUUGAUUCCUCCUUCUUGUUGGCCUUGUAGAAGCCUCAACAUGCUGUCCAUCUUGGUUUAAGCCAAUCUUCCCUCAUUUUGCUUUCUGACAGGACUCUGACGAGCUUGAGUGGUGUCUCUGGAUUUGGGUUUGAUCUUGUCCGUGGAGCCAAAACGCUGGACUUGAUUAAGAGCGACUUCCCUGCCAACAAAUACCUUUUCGCAGGAGUUGUUGACGGAAGGAACAUUUGGGCUAAUGAUCUCGCUGCUUCCCUCAGCAUUCUUGGAUCUCUUGAGGCCAUUGUAGGCAAAGGUGUGCAUAGAUACAAUUUCUUCCUUUCCAAGAGUUGCUUCCCAGAGAAAUUGGUGACCUGUGUUGACUCUGGAGCUUGUUUUGAACAGACAAGCUUGUUGUUUCUACCUCAUGUUCGCUCCUGCAUACUGCCGUGGACUUGAUUAAUGAGACUAAGUUGGACCAUGAAAUCAAGUCAUGGUUGGCUUUCGCUGCACAGAAGAUUGUGGAGGUCGAUGGUUUGGCCAAGGCAUUGGGUGGUCAAAAGAAUGAGGUACGCACAUACAUUCAUAUGUUUCAAGCCUCUUUCAGAGACCUUAAUGAAGAAUAGGGUUAUUCACUCUUAGUUUCCCGGCUUUAAUGUUCUACUUCUUGCAUGAUAAAGGCAUACUUCUCAGCCAAUGCUGCUGCCCAAGCUUCCAGGAGGACCUCCCCCAGGGUGACUAACGAGGAGGUUCAGAAAGCUGUGAGUCUUUGUGGAUCAUUCUCUGCUUUCUUACGUUGAUUCAGGAUGAAGUUUCUCUUUCUAAUGACAGAGUUUUCGGCCGCUCUGUUUACAGGCGGCUGGUCUAAAGGGAUCCGAUCACCGCAGGGCAACAAAUGUUAGUGCCAGAUUGGAUGCACAGCAGAAGAAGCUCAACCUCCCGAUCCUUCCCACUACCACCAUUGGUUCAUUCCCCCAGACAAUUGAGCUUCGACGGGUCCGUCGUGAGUACAAGGCAAACAAGUGAGCAAAUCUCAGCCAACGAAUUGUUCAUCUGCAUGGUGGCAGACGGAAUCUUCUGAACUGAUUACUCAUCUGUUCGGCUUUUACCGCGUUGAUUUCACAGGAUCUCCGAGGAAGAUUAUGUCAGGGCCAUCAGGGAGGAGAUCAGCAAGGUCGUUAAGCUGCAGGAGGAGCUCGAUAUAGACGUCCUUGUUCAUGGCGAACCCGAGGUGACCAUUCGUAACAUCCCCAUAGACUUGCAUAUCCAAACAAGGGAAGAAAGGAGAGAGAGAGAGAGAGAGAGAGAGAGAGAGAGAGAGAGAGAGAACCCCUUGAUUGAAUUGAAUUGAUGUAACCUGCAGAGGAACGACAUGGUGGAGUACUUUGGGGAGCAACUGUCAGGCUUCGCUUUCUCCGCCAACGGGUGGGUGCAGUCGUAUGGGUCACGGUGCGUGAAGCCGCCGAUCAUCUACGGUGAUGUGAGCCGCCCCAAGCCCAUGACGGUCUUCUGGUCCACCAUGGCCCAGAGCAUGACCCAGCGCCCCAUGAAGGGCAUGCUCACUGGCCCCGUCACCAUUCUCAACUGGUCCUUCGUCAGGAACGACCAACCCAGGUGAGAGAGACCCCAAACCCCGCUCAUCCUCACUACCAGCUCCAACCAGUCGAGGGUCUACUGAUUAGGUUAACCGACUGGUCCCUGUUUCCAGGUUCGAGACGUGCUACCAGAUUGCUCUCGCCAUCCAGAGGGAGGUUGAGGAUCUCGAAGCCAGUGGGAUCACUGUCCGUACCCUUCUCCUCGAGCUCUCUUUCUUCUUCUUCUUCUUCUUCUUCCACCUUCCUCAGAGGAGGUUCUGACCGUGGAUUCUCUAUCUGCAGGUCAUCCAAAUCGACGAAGCAGCUCUAAGGGAAGGCCUCCCUCUACGGAAAUCCGAGCAGGCCUUUUACCUCGACUGGGCCGUCCACUCCUUCCGCAUCACCAACUGCAGCGUCAAGGACACCACCCAGGUCACCCUUCUGGUUCCUCUUCUUCUUCUCCCUCUGAGAUAGAAUCUCAGUCAAUGCGGGGAGCUAACUGGGGCUGACCGACUGCAGAUCCACACCCACAUGUGCUACUCCAACUUCAACGACAUCAUCCACUCGAUCAUCGACAUGGACGCCGACGUGAUCACCAUCGAGAACUCACGCUCCGACGAGAAGCUGCUGUCGGUGUUCCGGGAGGGCGUCAAGUACGGGGCCGGCAUCGGCCCGGGGGUCUACGACAUCCACUCCCCGAGGAUCCCCUCCACGGAGGAGAUCGCCGACCGGGUGAAGAAGAUGCUGGCGGUGCUCGAGACCAACAUCCUCUGGGUCAACCCGGACUGCGGCCUCAAGACUCGCAAGUACCCCGAGGUCACUCCCGCCCUCACCGCCAUGGUUUCCGCAGCCAAGCUCCUCCGCGCCCAGCUCGCCUCCCCCAACUGA